AUGGUCCUUGAUAAACCACAAGUGGUCAGACUAUACGUUCAUAGAGUUGCCAAGUCCUUAAUCCCGGCUGAGCUUGGCGAAGAGUAUAUUCAAAGUGUCGCAAAUGAGCUAUACACGUCUCUAAUCAACACUCAAGGUGUGCACAACGAUAUCUCCACUAUCAUCAACAAAUACAAACUGGUGUUUCUCAACAGCGGCUCAAAGCAAGAGUGGAAUGAGUUUCAAGCACUCGUUACCUCCCUUAGCCAGCAUCGCUCGUUAGAUCAAAUUGCAAAUUACUUGACGUUUCUCGAUGCCUUGCGAGAAGAUUCCGAUAUCCAGUCGAGUGCUGGAGGUGAAUUAUCUAUUGAGUCUCCACGGAUAAACACAAACGACAAGACUUUAGCACAAUUGAUUCAGCCAUAUUAUAAGACCUUACCUGAGGAAACCAUCUUGACAUACUUGCCUUACACAUUGAUGGGACUAGAUUCAAAAUUGUUCACCUUUUCAAAUGACUAUAAACGAAUUGAAAUACCGCCGUCGAUAAACAAUAGUUAUGGAUCAUUUUUGAAACUAUUGUUUGAGUAUGCAUUAUUAUACAAGCAAUUGGAUAUGUUUGUUGAUGAAAAUCGAGGGAAGUUACCACUGGCUAUAAAGGGUGCUUUUGUUGCUGUGGUGGAUAAAGAAUUGAAAAAAUACAGUCAAGACUUGAACAAAGUGUUUAGCAAUCAACCAACUACAAUAUUAACAGUCUACCAUGCAAUCCACGAGUGGAUUUUUCCAUUUCGAUUCUUGUAUCGGGCUGCAUUACAAAUGGCCAAAUUGGAUGGAUACCAUUUUCUAAAUCUUAUCUACAAAUUUACGAAAUUUGGCGAUGAAAAUAUUUUGCUGAUUGCAAAGUUUACUUUCAGCGAAAUUGUGAAGCCAUAUUACAAUGUGCUUGAAUUCUGGAUCACCAAGGGGGAGUUGGUUGACAGAAAUAACGAAUUUUUCAUAUCUUUUGAAGACGAUGGUGAAAGUUUCAAUCAAAUAAUCCAGUAUCAUGGCGAUAAAGUACCGGAAUUUAUCGAAUCUAGCGACAAGAUAUUCCAAAUUGGUAAAACCCUAAUCUUUCUCGAAAAGUAUUGUCAGGAGUUGAAAUUUGUGGAUGAGUUUAAUGUGAAGUACUCGACUACUAUAUUCACAUAUCACAAUGGGCUUGCGUCCAUGACGAUAAAUGAAAUUAUUGAGCUAAUUGAUCAGCAAUACGAUGAAGUGCUCGCUUUCUUCACCAAGUUAAUCCAUGAGAAAUACCACUUAUUCACUCAUUUGCUAAAUUUCAAAAACUAUUAUUUGAUGGAAAUAAACGAAUUCAUAGAAGCAAUAAUCAUCAAAGGAGAAGCCGCUUUCAACUUGCCUUCAUUAGAAAUCACAUCAAGUCAACUACAUCAAAUACUCCACGAUGCAAUGCAAAUCUCGUCAGUGAAGACUCGCAAUAAUGUUUCUCGCAUCGAUUCAAAAAUUUUCAAUCCACAAUUGGAAACCUUUGGAUGGGAUUCGUUCUUGAUUGAUUACAAGAUUUCUGAUUUGCCGAUAUUUGACAUUUUGGAGCUGUCUAUGGUCAAGUACCUCAAGGCAUUUCACUUUUUUUGGAAAUUGCGUCACUUGCAAGUGCUUUUACAGUCUAAUUACUUGGCUUUUGAUCAAUUGAAUUUGAAAAUUGGACCUCGUGUGAGGAACAGUUUUAGGCGAUUGGUUACCAAUGUCAACGGAGUCAAUAUUAUGAGACAUCAUUUGAUCAAAUUCUUGGAUGAUUUAGUGGCGUACUUGUCCUACGACAUAGUGGAAAAUUCUUUUGAUACAAUGAUUAUCGAUAAGCUUUUCCAUCGUAAGGGUAACGAAUUGGUGUUGGAUAAGCUGUUUAUGAAGUUACCGGAACGAGCAACGGCAACAAUGCCAUUGAAUGUGAAUAAGCUAACUAUUGAUGAACUCAUAUCGGUGCAUGACGAGUACCUUGAUAAUAUAGUGUAUACAAAAUUGUUCAAUGGGUCAGUCAAGGGUGCCAAGACAAACAUUAGCUUUAUUGAUCAAAUUUACGAGAUCUUGCAAUCGAUAUUUAGGUUUAUCAACACUAGUCAGGAAUACUUGUCAGUGAUGGAGACAUUCUUGGUGUUGGUAAAUAGUCGCGAGUCCGCAGGGCAUGCUGAAGUAGAUCAAGAGCAGGAGUAUCAAUUGGAAAAAGAUAUCGAUGAGGUGUCUAACCGACUGACCAAGUUGUGGAGAAAGCUCAAGGUGGAGAUUUUCAAUGGUGAGUUUCAGUCGUUGGUUGAUGGGCUCAAACAGGAUUUGAAGUUGGAUAACGACUUGAAAGAGUUUGGGAAAAUGUUUGUAGUAAAGUAG